AUAGACAAUGCUUUUAUGCAGACAUUUAGGCCGUAUUUGACCAAAACCCGCGUCGCUGUUGUCCCUACGGAUCUGCUGAGCGAAAGGUUUCGCGAAAUGCAAAGCAUUCGGGACGAGUAUUACGCAGCCGAGUCGGUUUACGAAGCCAUGGAGUUGGAGCUGGACAAGCAGGAAUUAGCGCUUGAAAUGCUUGAAGCAGAUUUCGCGCGUAUCCCUCGGGGCCGCGCGAGCUUUCGCCGCCCGGGCCCCAUCAGAAGCCGUCCACAGCCCAUUACCAAACCCAUGGCCAUUGAGGCCGAACGGAAAGACGGCUUGCCGGAAAGGAAUGACUCCAGGCCUCCGUCGCCUGUUUCACUUCUGGGAAUAUCUGGAGAGCUGCAUGAGGACAUCCACCCCUUGUAUCAGGAACUCUUGGAAGCCGCUGGCGAUCGUCAACUCGCCGCUGAGUACUGCGAAGACCUAGAGAUGCAUCGGGAGAAGAUACUGUACGACCUUGAACUGGAACUCCAUCGAAAACGAGUGCGCAGCAACCAAGGCAAUCUAAUCAGCGAAGCGGACCUGAGGUCCCUGAGGUCUUCGCUCACCAACGUCCCCGCCGAUGCUGCAGAAUUCCAGGCGGCUUUUGGAAUUCCAAUCAGCGAGGACGAUCUCGAAUUCUUGAGAGACUACGAGACUGUGCAAAAGAGGGCGAAGAAGGAAUUGGAAGAGGCUUCCAAAAACCUCAAGUUUUUACGAGAGCUGUGCAUCGAGAAGGGCGUCAUGCGCAAGCACGCGUCUUACCACGAAGAGGUGGCAAUCUUCUCGGGCAGCAACUGGACGCCAACGCCAGCAGACGGCAACAUUGCCAUCGAGUCAGCUCCUAUGCCUGCCACGAGCGGUCUCGCCCACCCACGAUUCCCCAUCCUGCUGUCGAACCCUUCGCACGUUCUAGAACUGCGCUCGCCCAUCGAAGCCCUUGAGCAAGCGCUCAAACUGCCCAAGGACGACCCCAUGAGCGCACAGCGGCGGGCCGAGUGCAUGAAGGAGUUGGGGAUCAGCACGCUCAUGAAGAAGGUGGAAAACAUACCCGACUACAUCAACCAGUGGCUCAUCCACCGGCUGCGCACCUCCCCCAUGGAGGCGGAGCUCAUGCUGGCCGUCUGCGAGUCCGUCUUCAAGGUGGUCAACCUGCGCCGCUGGCAGGAGGAAGUUCUGUAUUACUGGCGUCUGGACGACGCCGCC